AAUGGAAGACCAUAAAUCUAUAAGAUUAGUUCUAUGUUAAAUACUAAGUACUUUUUCUCCCAACCGGAUGAGUGUAUGAUGUCGAAGACAGUGCUGCCACAAGCCCCCCAAAUUAAUCACUCUAAACCAUCCAUGUUUCCCUGUGCAUGUGACUUCUGGAACAAGAGGCUUAGCUGGGAUUACACCAUCUGUCUAGCUGCUCACUUCUGAAUGUUUUGUCCACAGAGAAGAUCUCCCGGGAAUUGCAAGUGGUGUGGGACCCGGCCAGGUGAGCGCACAGCACAGCGGUGAGACUGCCAAGGCCUCAGCCUGGUUCUCUGGACUCUGCAGUCUCUCUCCCUCCAGCCAGCCUGCCUGCCCCGCCGAGCCGUCUCCACACUCCCCGGGCAGGAUGAGUGCCCUCGAUGGCGUCCCCUUCAAGGUGCCCAAGGGCUUCGUGCUCAGCACAGCGCCUCCCCCGGCACUAGAGCUCAGUGUCCCGGCCUGCGGGGAGCUCCUGCUGGGUUCCAUGCACGACUUCAGCCUGGAGAGGAAGGCCCUCUUCUGCGCGGAGGCUGCCCUCGGAGGCCGCGGCCCCUACCGGUGCGGGGCCCCGGGCGCGGCGUCAGCCCCUCCGGCCUGGCUCUUGCUGCUCAGCCCCGACAGCGGCCUGGCCCCCGCGCCUGCGGAGCCUGCACCCCAGGAGCCGCCCGGGGACGAGCGGGAGGCCGACGACGACGAGGCGAACGACACGCCCUCCGCCAGCGAGGACGAGCGGGACCCCGGCUCCCCGGCCACCCGCGACUCCCUCAGCCCGUACACCUGCCUGCCACCUCUUAGGGAGACACCCCAGCCUCUCCAGCCCUGCAGAUCGCACCCUGAUUCUACAGCUGACCUGCUGUCCGCUCUGAGCCAGGAGGAGCAGGAGCUCAUCGGGCCCGUCGUGGCCCUGGGGUACCCGCUGGCCAGAGCCAUCACGGCUCUGCAGAGGACGGGUAGACAGAGCCUGAGCCAGUUCCUCGGCUACCUCAGCGCGCGGGAGAGGCUGCUGCAGCAGGGCUAUGAGGAGGGCCUGGUGGACGAGGCCAUGGAGCUGUUCCAGUUCUCUGAGAGCAAGGCCGGGGAGUUCCUGCGCCUCUGGGAGCAGUUCAGCGACAUGGGUUUCCAGCCGCAGCGGGUCAAGGAGGUGCUGCUGGUGCACGGCAACCGCCGCGAGCAGGCCCUGGAGGAGCUGGUGGCCUGCGCCCAGUGACCGCGGGGCUGCCGGGCGGACAUCGCCAGGGCAGCUGCCCACUGCCAGCAGCCGUCCUGUGUCAUCGACCCAAACUGGAGCUACACAGGCAAGGCUCCGCAAGUUCAUUGUAAAAACACAAACAUCACCAAGGCCUGCGUGCUCCAGGAGGGCAAGGUGGGACUGAGCUUUCAUACAAGCCUCGCACAUUGCCUGGGUUCGACCCUCUUUCUGUGUUAAUAACUUUGCUUUUGAGGGAAUUAAAACAACAAAAGAUGGCCAGUUCUUUUGA